CUCGUCCCCUCAUUCGAUCUCCUCGACAACACCCAAGUGGAACAAUGGCCAGCGCCAUCGCGCUCCCCCUCUCCGCGCUCCUACCGCCUUCAGACACGACGAAGGGGCGCGAGGUAGCCGCACGCGCCCUCCUCGGCUUCGAUGCACCGUCGACACCGCUCCCGAAACAUACCGCGAUUCUCGGCCCUCUGCCCCCAAGCGCGCCGCUGAGCGCCGCAGACGCCUUCCUCGCCCUUGCGGACAUCCCGGCCUUCGAGGCGAGUGAGCAUACUUCCACCGCUAUUUCUACAUACGCAGCGCUGUAUGCCCUCCAGCCUCGGCCGCACGCGCUAGUCCUUACUGGUCCGCGGGAACAACUCCAUCUCGCACUGGAGGAGCAGGAUCCGCCCUUCCUCCGCUCCCACUCUUAUGACUUGCUCGAUCGCCUGCGCCGCACUGAUGUUCGGUACGCGCCCUCCUUCGGGCAUCUCAGACUCCUCAUCGCUGUCCUAGGGAGUGAGGGGGCUAAGGUUGCUCCGCCAUCCCUAGUCGUGUUGUACGACAUUUUGGGUCUGCUCACCAUGCCCGGGGAGCGCGAGGAGAACAAGCCUCCUGAUGUAGAAGAAACGGAGGCCGAUCAGCCAGAGCUUGCCAGAGUACUACGUCCUGGGUGAGCGAUAACCUAAACAUGAGCUGAUCACAGAGUCACACUGGCGAGCUACCUCGAGCUGGUCGCUGCUGCGCUAGACCUCGCCCGCGCCGCUGGCAAUGUCCCCAUCCUGAUCCU